GCAUGCAGGCACAGCCGGAAGAGAGCCAGUCUGGCCCGGCCCCCCUUUUCCAACCAACUGCAGAAAGAGCACACAUAUAGUCAUUUCCGGGAAACGGGUGCUUGCUCUGUGUGUGCAACAUGGAGGCGACUGGUGUGACUGCUGAGCCGGUUUCCGGGGAACUGGUGUCUGUGGCACAUGCUCUUUCUCUCCCAGCUGAGUCUUAUGGCAACGAUCCUGAUAUUGAGAUGGCUUGGGCCAUGAAAGCAAUGCAGCAUGCUGAAGUCUACUACAAGCUCAUUUCAUCAGUUGACCCACAGUUCCUGAAACUCACCAAAGUGGAUGACCAAAUCUAUUCUGAGUUUCGAAAAAAUUUUGAGAAACUCAGGAUAGAUGUGUUGGACCCAGAAGAGCUCAAAUCAGAAUCAGCUAAAGAGAAGUGGAGGCCAUUUUGCUUGAAGUUUGACGGAAUUGUAGAAGACUUCAACUAUGGUACUUUGCUGCGACUGGAUUGUUCUCAGGGCUACACUGAGGAAAACACCAUCUUUGCCCCCAGGAUACAAUUUUUUGCCAUUGAAAUUGCUCGGAACCGGGAAGGCUAUAACAAAGCAGUUUACAUCAGUGUUCAUGACAAAGAAGUAGAGAAAGAAGGCAACCAUGGAAGAGAGAAAGCUGACAGUGGAAGAGCAGAAGAGAAAGGAGCCAAAAGAGAAGGAGAAAAAGUGAAAACCAACAAAGGAGAAGAAAAAGAGAAAGAAGCCAACAAAGAAAUCAACAAGAGUAGUGAAACAGCUAUGUAAGCUAGACAAGGAAUAGCCCCCUAGAAGCUGUGACUCAACUAAGUCUAUAGAUACCAUGAUACUGGCCACACAGACUCCUGUGGUUAAUAUAUGUCAUUGUGCAAUUGAAAGACACGCAGAAGGACAUCUUUCUAGCCUAAUAAUCAAGAGCUACUUUGGUUGUUCUCUUGUAUGAACUGGCUUAAAGACUAUAAGUGGGGUCUUAGUUGAUUGUUGCUUGGUAUAGUAUUUCUUGGUUCUCACCACUGGUCAAGUAAGAAAUUUUAUAAAUAAAUUUCUUUUGGUUCUUAUGA